CGCGCGUGCGUGAGCUGGCGCGCGAGAAAGGGCCCGGUCGCGCCGAAGCUUGAGCGGCUGUCGCCAUUUUGUGGGGUUCUCUCUGACGCGGGAGCCGCCGGCGGCGCCGCCGCCGCCGCCACCCGCAGGCUCUUGUCAGGAUGGUGAAGCUGUUUAUUGGAAACCUGCCCCGGGAGGCCACAGAGCAGGAGAUCCGCUCACUCUUCGAGCAGUAUGGGAAGGUGCUAGAAUGUGACAUCAUUAAGAACUAUGGCUUUGUGCACAUAGAAGACAAGACUGCAGCCGAGGAUGCCAUACGCAACCUGCACCACUACAAGCUGCACGGAGUGAACAUCAACGUAGAAGCCAGCAAGAAUAAGAGCAAAGCUUCAACCAAGUUACACGUGGGCAACAUCAGCCCCACAUGUACCAACCAAGAGCUUCGCGCCAAGUUUGAGGAGUAUGGUCCAGUCAUCGAAUGUGACAUCGUGAAAGAUUAUGCCUUUGUACACAUGGAACGGGCAGAAGAUGCAGUGGAGGCCAUCAGAGGCCUUGACAACACAGAGUUUCAAGGCAAAAGAAUGCACGUGCAGUUAUCCACAAGCCGACUUCGGACUGCUCCUGGAAUGGGAGACCAGAGUGGCUGCUAUCGGUGUGGGAAAGAGGGGCACUGGUCCAAAGAGUGCCCAGUGGAUCGUACAGGUCGUGUGGCAGACUUUACCGACCAGUAUAAUGAACAAUAUGGAGCAGUUCGCACACCUUACACCAUGGGCUAUGGAGAAUCCAUGUAUUACAACGAUGCAUAUGGAGCACUCGACUACUAUAAGCGUUACCGGGUCCGCUCUUAUGAGGCAGUGGCAGCAGCUGCAGCAGCUCCGCAUAUAAUUAUGCAGAGCAGACCAUGUCCCAUCUGCCUCAAGUCCAGGGCACAGCUGUAUCCGGUCACCUCAACUCCGCUUCUGUUGAUCCCUAUGAUAGACACCUAUUGCCAAACUCUGGCCCUGCUCCCACCUCAGCUGCUAUGGCUGCUGCUACCUCUUCCUCCUAUUAUGGAAGGGACAGGAGCCCACUGCGUCGUGCUGCGGCUGUGCUCCCCACGGUUGGAGAGGGCUACGGUUAUGGGCCAGAGAGUGAGAUGUCUCAGGCUUCAGCAGCUGCACGAAAUUCUCUGUAUGACAUGGCUCGGUAUGAGCGGGAGCAGUAUGUGGACCGAGCACGAUACUCAGCCUUUUAAAAACGGAGGUAGGAUAAUUGCGGACUGAACCCUCGGGCUGCGGUCAUAUAUGAGAACUUGCUCCGCGCGGUUCCCCUUGCCGGGAUGUUUCCAUUGCUUCAUGUUUCAGUAAACAAAGGAGUUUGUGACCAACUAUGUUUUCUUUCUUAAUUUAAUUCUUCUAAGUUGACUUUUCUUUCCUUCUGAUACUAGUCUCUGUAGCCUCUCACUCUGUUCCUUACAUUCUCAGCCUCUGAGCAGCCCUAGGUAAGGAUUAUGCUGGCAUCCCCUUUUUCCUGUACAGUGAAUCUACCUUGCUUUCCCUAGGAGUUAAACCCUUCUCCCUGCCUCCCUGCAGCCUCUCCUUUCCCUAUAAAAUGACCAUGUAGUGG